AUGUUUCAAACAAUUACCUCCUUCCUGCCCUCAGCGCUGCAUCCAUUUGGCUCAGGUCCAUCCACGGAGAAGCUGUCCCCGACGCCCGAAUCGCCAGAGGAACCAAGUCCUGAACCACCACCGAGAGAGGUGCCGGCCGUAGUCGACGAACAAGGAGUAAAGAAGAAAAGAGAGAGGACAAAUGAGAUUCGCCGUAUUGAUGCUUUCGACGAAUGUCGACAUCGCUGGACUCAUUACGUUCGCUGCGGAGCAUCGCCCUCCAAUGACUUUGAGCGCGGUGGGCAGGACGUGUCUCAGCGCGCGACCCUGCUGCGAGCGCCGUCAAGGUUGAUUGGCUCUGAUGCAGCAGCCGUGCCACUAUCGCACGCACGUCAUACAAAGUUGGAGGAGGCGCAGGUCUAUUCGGUACCGAGGCAUGCUCACGCAUUUGAUGCGCCCAGCUCUAGCGAUGAGGUUGAGUUUGUCAUUUGGCGCUCCCUUCGGCGGAUGUCCUUCAUAGUUGUUCGCCCGCCGCCAUCCAAAACCAAUCACCCGUUGAACCUCCAGGUCCAGCUUGUCCCACCAAGCUCGAAAGAACGGCCAAGCACGAGCCAUUCGACCGAGUCCGGCGCCGAUGGCGAGCCCCAGGCAUCGCAGUCGACGCUCACGCGCACGCGCUCAAACCAGUCCGACCGCUCGAUGUACUCGAACUACUCGACCAGCUCGCUCUCGACCAUCAACUCGUCUUCGUCGAGUUCGUCAGGUCGGCGCAUGAUCAUCCCGCUGUACAACUUGCAGGCACACAACGUUAUGCAGAACGUGAUCCUGGACGCUGGCACGGACGCGAAGAUCGCAAAGUUCAUGAAGCGCGGGCUCGAGGUAAUCGGCCUGGCAGUGCUCGAGCCAGUCGAGGUGUGGGGCGUCGGCAGUGGUGUGGACGAAACGGGAAGGCGGAUCAGCUUUGAUUAUGCGUAUAGCGCGGGGUCGGCGUAUAGCCGCGGCGGCACGCUGUCCCCGCUUGGGCUACAUACGCCGACCUCUUCGGCCGUGUCGUUGGAGACGGCCGAGGGUACGAGUGAGCAGGGCUUGCAGACUCCGAUGCCACCGGAGGCCACGUCUACUGUCUUAACCGCCUCAACGGGCCCCCGUCAGAACGGCCGGAAGUUCUUCGGUAAACUGUUCAACAACAGGAAGAAGGAGAACGGCGUGAUGUCGACUCCCGCACCACUCCCGCUCUCGCCUGCAACAUCCACCUUUUCUAACUCCUCGACUGUGCCAGAAUUAUCCAAACGAUCGAAACGGGCAUCGCUCCUGUCCACGCAUGCACUUCCCAUCGUUCCCCUCGUUUUCGAACCGUUGCAACCUCCCGUGCUGGGCAUCCAGCCAUCCCUCCGCUCUCCGACUAUGCCACCACGCGGCCGGCCGAGCAAAUAUGUCUGGGUUGUACGGAGGUGGCUGAAGGGCGAGCCGGAGAGCAUGCUCAGUGGCGUGAAGGAGCGAUUACAGGAGGCGCGAGGUACGUCCUCAACAUCACUGCCAGGGCUGGAAAGCACGGUGGAGGUGCGAUUCGAGUGGUCAAGGGGGAAGAGUUCGACGAAGAGGCGAGGAAGAGACGGGGGUGGGGAGCGGUCGAGGGAGACGAGCGUCAAGCGGGAGGGGAGCAAGCGGAGAAACCGAAAUAGCAUCGGGACCAUGCCGGACGCCCCGUCGCUACAACAUCAGCAGUUUCCGUCGUCAACACAGAAGUCGCGGACAUUGUCGUCUACGCUGGGCGUCCGGAGGAGUAUGGAAUCGGCGCGGUCCACGUCACCAGGACCGGCGGGCAGCAUCAUCACGAGCGAGUCGACGGAGGAGAGCGCGCGUGCGCGGCCGAGGCGGAGGGAUAGGGAGGGCGAGGACGACGGGGAGGAGAGCGACCCGGAGGACUCGGAGACGCCAUGGACGUGCACGCUCGUCGUGCGACGGCUGUCGUCGCCCUCGUCACCCCCGCGGCUGUCCCAGCCGGCGUCCCUCCCCCCACACGAGCACGGCCCCUCCAUCCGCCUGCGCGUCGCGGUGGUCGUGCCGACGCCGCACCAUCCAAAGGUCGUCGCGCUGCUCAAGGUACCCUUCCCGCUGCCGGACAUCGAGGUCGAGCGGAUCGCGGUCCGCAAGCGGAUCAUCACGCCGCAGGGUAUCGCCCGCCCCGCCCCGCCGUCGCCGCCUGCGUCGCCGGCCCCGAAUGGGGGCCCGAAGACGGUCAAGUUUUGGAGCGGCGGGACGAAGGAGAACGGGCGCGUGGGCGGGCUGAUGCUCACUGCGGAGGAGAUCAAGGAUGUUGUGUCGUGCACGGCGCUGUGGCUCGUCGUGCGAGAGGCAUUUGGUGGUGUUGGGAGGGAGAGGCGGAAGGGCGAUGGGUGGAGGCUGCGCGGGUAG